AUGUCCUUCACCGAAGAAGAGAUCGACAACCUUUCGGUACGCGACGCGGUGGCAGAGCUCAUUGACUCGUCCCGAAACGAGCGAUUGGGCCUUCCGGCUGGAAUUCGCGUGCCGUUGCUUGUUUCCUCGGCAGCACUGGUGGGCGGGCUGUCGGGAAUGGUGUUUGGAUACAGAGAGGCAGGGCUUCGAUUUUUGGCCAGCAACUCGCAUCGGCUGCCGACAAACAGAAACGGCUGGUUUAUGUACCACAAGCGGAAGGGAUACUACUGUUUUGCGCAGUCAUUUGUGCUUGGGGCCAAGACAGCCGGCAAGAUUGGACUGUUCACGGCUGUCAUGUUUGGAACAGAGGCGUUGCUGGACGAGGUGAGGCAGCUAAAGGAUUUUGGCAACACCAUGGCUGCGACCACUCUGACGGGGUUUUUUUACGCAUGGGCUUUGGGCAUGAAACCAGUGCAGGCCAAAAAUUACAUUCGGAAGGGUGGAAAAUACGGAUUACUGCUAGGCGUGGCGCAGGACGCACUGAUUUUCUCACGCGGGGGUUAUGUGUGGUACAUAAAUGGAGUGCUUGGGCUUGAGCCUAAAAAACUGCACGAGAGAAUCGAUUAG